AUGAACCGCAAGCAAAGAUCUGAAUACUCGACAAUACCGAAAUCUUCACCGAUUAGAGUGGGCUUUAUCGGAUUGUCCUCUUCGAAAGGAUGGGCUGUCAAGACGCAUUAUCAAGCCAUUUUACAGUUAUCAUCGCAAUUCCAAAUUACAGCACUGUACAACAAAAAAAUAGAUUCAUCUAUAGCCACCAUCAGAGAUCUGAAGUUAACCAAUGCCGUGGCAUACCCGACGCUAGAGUCGUUCGCCUCAUCUUCCAAUGUCGAUAUGGUAGUAUUUAGCGUGCGAACUGCUAGCUAUUUUGACUUACUAAUGCCGCUACUGGAAUAUUCUCGUGCCAAUUGUAACUUGAAAUAUUUAUUCAUGGAAUGGGGACUCGUAUAUUCUGUGAAGGAAAUGGAAACUGUUUUCCAUGCCGCAUCAGAACGUGGGCUGCAGACAAUAAUCUCUUUACAAGGACGUAAAUCACCAUACAUCAUAAGAUCUAAAGAGCUGAUAGAGGAAGGACACAUAGGGGAUAUUAAUUCAAUCGAAGUAACUGGAAAUGGUGGGUGGUAUGGUUACGAAAGACCUCUAAAAUCUCCCUCAUACCUAUAUGAAGUCGGCAAAGGCGUAGACUUAGUCACUACGUCGUUUGCCCAUACAAUUGAUCUCUUGCAAUAUAUCACAGGGUCUUAUUUCGGCGUAAUCAAUGCAAUGGUUUUCAAUAAUAUUCCUGAACAGGAGUUGGUUGAUGAGUUCGGUAGAAAAUUGGGAAAGACUGUGCCAAAGACUGUACCGGAUCAUUUAUUGUUUCAGGGAACUCUAUUAAAGUCGAAUGUGCCCGUUUCUUGCAGUUUCAAAGGUGGAUCGCCUACAAAGAAAUUCACCAAAAACUUAGUUAUAGAUAUACAUGGCACCAAAGGUGAUCUAAAAUUAGAAGGUGAUGCCGGGUUUAUUGAAAUAUCAAACUUGGUGCUUUACUAUAGGGGCGUUAAGGUAAAUGAAUUUCCAAAUAAAAAGGGUCAAGUCAUAUAUGAAGAAUCUUUCGGGGAUGAAGUAACGGAAGUGUUCCAUCUAAGGAAUUAUAAUGCAAUGGUUGGAAAUAUUUAUCGCCUUUAUGAAUCAAUUGCAGACUUCCAUUUCAAUUCUAAAAAUAUUCCUGAUUUGCCAUCGACAUUCGUCAUGCAAGGAUUUGAGUAUGAAGGUUUUCCGACUUUGAUGGACGGCUUAAUUCUUUGCAGACUUAUUGAAAGUGUCUAUAAGAGUAGUAGCUUGGGAGCAACUUUAAACGUUAGCAACAUAUCACGCUAUCAAUAA